AUGUACCAGUCCAAUGGAGCAUGCCAGGUACACUGUCAAGGCUCUUACGUGUUUGCCGUCAUCCAGGGAUCUUAUUGCUGGUGUUCCAACUACAUCCCCGCGGAGCAGGAAAGCACCUACAACUGUAACCAAGAGUGUCCCGGUUACGGUAGCGAAUGGUGUGGUUCAACCGAUGCUGGUCUCUACGCCUACUUCGAUUUGGACGGCAAGGCGCCCUCGGGCACUUCUGGCGGAUCGGCCGCCAGCACAGCAGCCAGUACAGCAACCAGCACCGCACCCACAUCCUCUUCUCCCUUGGUUAGUACUUCCCUGACCGAGUCUGGAUCACCUACCCCCACUCCCGAUAUCGAGACCACUUCUCCCUCAUCAUCCCCUGCCGUGUCAAGCGCAGGAUUUCCUGAAAGCUCUUCCGACGAGGCUACCUUUAUGACCUACUCAUCAAGCGAGUUCCUUGCCACCUCAGCGAUCCCCUCUACUAGUUCAACCAUCUCUACGCCCACCUCCGCCGAAGUUUCGACGACUCCCAGGCCUACGCCUACGCCCACUUCCGCUCCCAGCUCAAGCUCGUCUUCGACUCCGACUCCGACUCCGACAGAGGUGUACACCAGUGUCACCACCGUGACUGGCGAAGUUCGAACCGUCGUGAUCACCCCCUCUUCUUCGACCAAUGCCACUCUCGGCCAGUCUUCUUCCGGUGGAGGCGGAGGUGGUGGAAUAAGCACUGGCAAGGUUGUGGGAAUUGUGCUAGGUGUAGCUCUGGGGAUUGGCGUCCUGAUCGGAAUUGGAGCCUGGCUCUGGUUCCGGAGACGACAUCAAAAGAUGCAAGCGCAGGCUGGGCCGGAGACGACUUUCGUCCCUCGAACUGGGGAAACGUCCCCGUCGAACAAUAUUCCCUCACGGCAAGUCAGUCAACUGUCGUCUUCCGGGCUACUCGGGAACAAGACCCCCCGCAUCAACACGUCUGGCAUGCCGAUGGGCAAUGAUCCAAGAAGCGCAGAUACCACCGUCUCGAACGGCUUUGAUCGACGAAGUCUGGCGACGGAUCAACGAUUAAACCCGUACGCGUUGUAUAUCCACGACGAGAGCCGCCUUAGCAAUGUGUCUCUUCAGGAUAACCAGGACUACUCCAGGCAGUUGCGGGUGAGUUGCGCUUCUUGUCUUGUUGGCGUCUGA